CUCUCUCCCCCCCCCCCCCAUCUUGUGAUUUUGGCCGCUGCCCCUCUUGGUCUCCUUAUUCCGCCCUCGCGCCGCUCGCAUCCAUCUCAACCCUCACGCAGUCCGCGGCCUUCAUCAUUGCGCACGCAGCCCUGGGGCGCUGACGUCUGUACAUCGCGCUCUGCCGCUCUGCCGCCGGCCACUCCGGUCUUGUGCUCGCAUUUUUUGUUGUGUAUACAAACGCGCGGGAUGAACGACGGGCACAGCCACUGCACCUCGCCCAUCAACACACUUUAA